AUGAAACGUUCAGGUAGCUUAGAUAAUAAAGAAAUGAAAAGGAAAAAGAAUUGGGAUGAUUCUAAAGAAAUUUGCUUACUAGAAAAGGAAGUGCUUGAAGAUAAUACUGAAACGAAAAAACGAAACCUGCAUCCUAAGUCGAACCAAUCUACAAGAAGUUUUUUAUUAAACGAUAAAAAUACAGAAUCUGAUUGUGAUCAAAAGCCUUUUGUCGAGAUUCCAGUUCGAGGACCAUUUCCAGCAGUGAAAGAAAUGAAAACAGAGGAUGAGGGACUACGAGGGUUUCAUUCGAAUUCCGUCUUACGAACUUGCUUUCGAGUUGGUGAACUAUUAAAGGUGUACAGUUCGCGUCUUUCUACCUAUUUGACUGUUGUCGAGUUUUUCGGUAAAGUUCGUUCACAUAAAUGUGUAGGAAAUAUUAUCCUACUAGAGUUGGAGGAUGUGUUUCGGGGUAGUAAAUCCCCAUGCAUUCAUGCUAAACUAUAUUCUACACAGUCAGUAUCGUCGUUUCUAUUAGAAACGGGGUCUUUUGUGCGAAUCGUAGGAAAUGCAGCCUGUUCGGAAAAGCUUUUAAAGAUCAUGCACAUAAGCAGCACAGACAUGGAUGAACUGAUAGAAACCUACAACAUGACUCAUUACCAACGAACAUAA